AUGCAAUACUCAAGCGUCAUCAUCACAGUCUUGGCGGCAAGUGUUGUAAAUGCUCAGUCUGCCACCCAUUCUGCAGAAGACACCAAGGAAACUGGCAAAUCAAACUCCACAGCAGGCGGCAAAGCCUCACCGACAGGAUCAACUCCCAAAGCAACCGGAACAGCGAGAGGAAACUCCACCAAUACAACAACCGGCCCACCAGUGCAAGUGAGUGGCAACAGCGCCGACUCGCUGAUGUCGCAAGGUGGAGGUAUGGUCACAAUUGCAGGACUUGGUGUUGCGUUCGCGUUGUUCAUGUAA